GGCGGUGCUGAGUGGCCGCGGGUGCUGGGCAGACAUGGCGGCCGUUGCUGCGUACGUGCGGCUCGGGGCCGGCGCCAGCGCGCCCCUCAUGGGUCUGGGCACAUGGAAGUCCCCCCCAGGAAAGGUGACAGCGGCGGUGAUGGCUGCCAUCGAUGCCGGGUACCGCCACUUCGACUGUGCCUAUGUGUACCAGAACGAGAAGGAAGUCGGGGAAGGGAUCCAGCAGAAAAUCAAAGAAGGUGCUGUGAAGCGAGAGGACCUCUUUGUGGUCAGCAAGCUGUGGUGCACCUUCCAUGACAAGCCUCUGGUGAAGGGAGCCUGCCAGAAGACUCUUGCUGACCUGAAGCUGGAUUACCUGGAUCUCUAUCUUAUGCACUGGCCUUUUGGCUUCAAGGCAGGAGAGGAGCUGUUCCCUGUAGAUGACAAAGGCAUGGCUAUCCCCAGCAACACAGAUAUUCUACAGACAUGGGAGGCCAUGGAAGAGCUGGUGGAUGCUGGCCUGGUGAAAGCCAUUGGAAUCUCCAACUUCAACCGUGAGCAGAUUGAAAGAAUCUUGAACAAGCCAGGACUGAAGCACAAGCCUGCAAAUAAUCAGAUUGAGUGUCACCCAUACCUUUCCCAGGAGAAGCUGAUUGACUACUGCCAUUCCAAAGGGAUCACUGUGACAGCAUACUGUCCCCUUGGACGUCCUGAUGGUUCUAAGCCAGAGGCACCUUCCCUUCUGGAUGACCCCAAGAUCAAGGAGAUUGCAGCCAAGCACAACAAAACCCCAGCACAGGUUCUCCUUCGGUUCCAGAUCCAGAGAAAUGUGAUUGCGAUUCCCAAAUCUGUCACCCCACAGCGCAUUGUGGAGAACUUCCAGGUGUUUGACUUUGAACUGACUAAAGAGGAGAUGGCAACCCUUCUUAGCUUAAACAGAAACUGGAGGAUCUGUGAAAUGAUCACGUGCAAAAAUCACAGGGAGUACCCUUUCAAUGCAGAAUACUGAAGAUGUUUUUUUUUUUCUGCCCUCUCUCAGACCUCCGGGGUCUAAUGAGUUUCUACCAUUGCCUCAAAUUGUGCGCUGUGUAGCUUACACACUGUGUCCCUCUUGCCAGCCAAGGCACAGGACAUGUGUUCAGUGACUUUGGGUUUUCUUCUUUGGUGGAAGGAAACUGUACUGUUGUUCUGAAGAACAAAAUGUGGGCUGUUGUGAUUUUCAUCCCAUGAGUGUCUCUGCAUGGCUGAAAUAGCAAAGGAGAAAAGAGAGGGAAGAGGGAACUAGCAACUGAUUUUAUCUACUGUCUUGCAUCAGCACUACUUAGGCUGAAGGGUUAAGAAUAUGUAAGUGCAGGAGGAAAACCCAUUCUGAAUAAUCACUGCCUGAAGGUAAAAGACAAAAUUAACUUCUAGAGUACAGUCCAAAGCUUUCUGGGAAAGAAACAUAAAUGGGAGAAUUGUCCAGACCUACACAUGAAUGCCAACUCAUAUUGGGCCUUAUUUUAGUCACUUUUUUUUGCAGGCUGAAACUGGACAGAGAUUGAUGUUUAAUUUCAUUCUUGACCAAAAUAAAAAUACUUGGAUUGCU